CUCGCGCCCGCACCGCCGGAACCGCCGGAGCGGCCCCGGGCGGGGUGAGCGGCGGCGGGUGGCGGGAGCGCGGGCGCGCGCGCUCGCGGCAGUGCGGUAGCGGCGAUGGAGCGCGGGGCGCGGGCGCUGCUGGCGGCCGCCUGGAGGAGCCUGUGGGAACGCGGGCCCUGCCAUGGCGCCGGCGGCAGCGCGGCACGGGCCGCCCGCUGCGGCGGGGACGGGAAGGGGCUGGCCGGCGGCGGAGCCGGGAGGAUCCAAGGCUCCAGGCCCUUCUGUCUGAGUGCAGCUGCCAGAGGCAUUUUGGGCAGGUGGGGAGGUGACAAGGGGAAGCAGAAGCUCACCUUGAAGGACGUGGCUGAGCUGCUCCGGAAGAAGGAAUGUCGGCGCGUGGUGGUGAUGGCUGGUGCCGGGAUCAGCACACCCAGCGGCAUCCCGGACUUCAGGUCUCCCGGGAGCGGCCUGUACAACAACCUGGAGCAGUACGACAUCCCCUACCCUGAGGCCAUCUUUGAGCUGAGGUAUUUCUUCAUCAACCCCAAGCCCUUCUUCACCCUGGCCAAGGAGCUCUAUCCCGGCAACUACCGCCCCAAUUCCGCCCACUAUUUCCUCCGGCUGCUGCACGACAAGGGGCUGCUCCUGCGCCUCUACACCCAGAACAUCGACGGGCUGGAGAGAGUGGCUGGGAUCCCUCCCGACAAGCUGGUGGAAGCCCAUGGCACCUUUGCCACUGCCACCUGUAUGGUGUGUCAGAGGAACUUCCCCGGAGAGGACUUCAGGGGAGAUGUCAUGGGGGACAGGAUCCCUCGCUGCCCUGUGUGCACUGGAGUCGUCAAGCCUGACAUCGUGUUCUUCGGGGAGCAGCUCCCGCAGCGCUUCCUCCUGCACCUCACAGACUUCCCCAUGGCAGACCUGCUCUUCAUCAUCGGGACAUCCCUGGAGGUGGAGCCCUUUGCCAGCCUGGCUGGAGCCGUGCGGAGCUCCGUGCCCCGGGUCCUCAUCAACCGGGAGCUCGUGGGCCCCUUCUCGUGGCAGCAGCGCCACAACGACGUGGCCCAGCUCGGGGACGUGGUCGGCGGCGUCGAGAAGCUGGUGGAGCUGCUGGGCUGGAAUGAUGAGAUGCAAGCGCUGAUCCAGAAGGAGAAAGAGAAGCUGGAUGCCAAGGAUAAGUAGGAAGGUGCUCCUGUCACCCCUCAGCGCGUCACUUGAGGACAUCCAGCCGUGAGUGUCACCAGCAAACAUCUGAAGGCCUGGGGGCUCAUGCCAGUAAAUCUGAUGAACUCUGUGUCUGUAGUUGGCUGUUUGGAUCUCCCUCCUUCUGAGCCAUCCAUCCCAGAGCCCCUCAGAGGCACUGGUUCCAUGGAGCAGGAGCUGGAAUACCAUGAAGGUCAGGCCAGGACAGACUGGAGAGUAUUUUCCAGCUCCCACUGGGCUGAGCAUCCAGUUCCUGUCACAGCUCCUCCCCAGCCACUGUUCCCUUGGCUGUGAUCCUCAGCUGCUGCAGGCUGUGUUUAGUCUUCCAUGAAAUCUCUGCUAAUCAGGGGACAAGCCAGGAGUAGGGGGGGGUGCCCUCCAUUCCCAUUCCAGCUCAAGCUGCCGGGGAAUUUCUGAAUCGCUGGAGGGUUAAUUAUUUAAUAAUAAAGAGAGAUAAUUCGUUUCUGGA